CUAUGGAGCGAUUAGUCUCACCCUGCAUUAUUUAUUUUGGAGAAAAUUAUGUACAACAAGAUCACAACAAGGAAUUAAGCUGCAUCCUGAGGUGAAGGUCUCCUCAAAAUGUUUCGCCAGAAGAUGCAAACACUUUUAAAGAAUAUUUAGGACUGCAUACACCUUGGUAGAAUUAUGACCAGUAGUGUGAAGACGACUAAAAAUGGAGGGAGAAUCUGUCUGUCAAAACUACAAAGGAACAAACUUGGAUGGAAUCCAGGAAAGACAAAUAGACACCGACACAGGGGAUACCAAAGAAGACUUACUUAUAGAUGCCCAAAGUCCAAUGGAAAUAUGUAAUUCCAAGAAUAAUGUAGAAGUCAAGAGUUAUUUAAAACACACAGAACAAGAAAACACUGGAAAGGGGGUAGAAAAAUGUGUAACAGCCAAGGAAAUAACAAACAUACAUCUAGAAAUCCAUGAAGUAAUAACCAAUAGUACUGAAAACCAAAUAAUCAGCCAUGGUCUAAAUAGUUUAGAGAGUAGAGUAGAAAAUGUAAUGUCAAAUCAUGAUGUAGUAGAUGCAUUCAAUCUUACAAGCAAAGAUGUAAACCAGGAGCAGGUGUUGGAAUCAGGUCAAGAGCCAGAUAGGAGGCUCAUCAAUGAUAAUUCUGAAAAGCAUAAUAUUUCACCAAAUUCCUGCUGCAAUAACCUUCAAAUACUCAAAGCAGAUGAUAUAGAAUGUAUGCAAAACCAAACAGGAGAAGAAAGUUUAGCAGACUCAAAUGUUAAUUUCUACAAAGAUGAUAGUUUAGCACAAUCAAAUGUUAAUUUCUACAAAGAUGGUUUCAAGAUACAAGUUAAGGAAGAAUGCACCGAAAACAUAGAUGGUCUGUGCAGGCGCGAUACAGAUUUUCUUUCAACGACUGGAAAUAUAGAUGAGCAACAAAGAAAUAUAGCAGUUAAUGAGGCAAUGAAUCUCAAUGAACUUGUUACAGAAUCUGAAAAUGUACCAAAACAUUUAAAUUCAGCACCAAAGAAAAGGGGAAGACCCAAAGGAAAAAGUUCCAGUAAAAAUAACCCCAAGAAAUCUAAGAAAACUGUUCCAAAUAAAGAGAAACAAGUUUGUGGCAAAAAGAGCAAAUCAAAGGGGAAAAAAGCAUUGAAUACAGAACCAAGCAAAAUAAAUAGCAAAACCAAUAAAUUCAAAGGUGCCAAAGAAAUGAGGGUUGAGAUCUCAAGACUGAAGGACAGUAUUGGGGGUAAAAACCAAUAUGGUGGUCUCCAAAAAUCUUCAAAGACUGUUGCAAAGAACAAAAGCACUUCUAAGAGAAAGAAAAACAGCCAGAUUUGCAAAGAAUCCAAUUCACCAAAGAAAAAGAAGGCAAGAGCUGAAUUAUCUUUUGAACCUGAUAUUUACAUAAAGCAGGAAUGUGAGUCAUCAGAGGAGGACAAUUUUGACAAUGACCCAGAUUAUUUUCCAGUCAAAGAGGAAGCAGAAUCUCCAGUCCUUGGAAGAAGAAAGAAGCAACGAAUAGGGCGUCCACCAAAAAUUGGAGACAAUCCUUGCAAAAAAUGUGAGGCUACAUUUCCAACAAAAAGACAGUUACAAGCACACCAGAAAGUCCAUUCCAUCCCUAAACAGUACUGUCGCUUCUGUGAUUUUGAAGCCAAGUCAGUUGUGGUUAUGAUGGAACAUGAAGCCAAGCAUACCCAUGAGAAACCAUUCAAGUGUGACCAUCCAGAUUGUGAGUAUGCUUCCAGAUCACAUGUAGAUUUGCAAAGACACAAGUCUAAACACUCCACUGAAAAGAAAUACAAAUGCCCCUAUGAAAAUUGUGACUUUACAACCAAAUGGCAGAGAAAUAUCCGCCAUCAUGUCUUGCGUCACUCUGAUGAGCGUCCUUAUCCUUGCCACCUCUGUAUUCAGGCAUUUAAACGUGUUCAAGAUCUCAAGUAUCAUUUAUACCGCCACAAUGACAAUAAACCAAUUGCUUGUGAUGAAUGUGAUUUUAGAUGCAAAACCAAUUUUGAGCUCAAAUGCCAUAAGCUCAAGCACAGUGAUGUUAGAAACUAUGCUUGUACCCACCCUGGGUGUACUCAAAGGACCAAAUCAAAGAGUGACUUAACCAAACACAUGAAAAUCCACACAAACCAAAAAGAUUACAUCUGUGAUGAGUGUGGAAAGGGCUUCAGAACCAGGGCCUGCUUAUCUAAACAUCUCCAGAGACAUUCUGAUAUUAGACCAUUUUCUUGUGAUAUUUGCAACAGAGCCUUCAAAGUCAAAGUGGCCCUGAGGAAACAUGUUGCUCUUCAUUCAGAAUAUCGACCAUACUCCUGUGAAAUGUGUGGACAGAAGUUCUCCAGCAAGUCCAAUAAAAAUGUUCACAUGAAGACCCAUGAUUACUCAGACAGGCCAUAUCCUUGUCCCAUAUGUCCAUAUGCAGCUAGGAUCCAGGGUCAUCUUUUAUCUCAUAUAGGAUCCAUGCAUGGCAAUUCUUAUGCUUAUUUUUGUGAAGCUUGCAAGAAACCAUUCAAAAGAUAUGGACAACUAAAAGUGCACCAUGUAAGAAUGCACCCUGAGGUUGAUUUUGGAAAGUUGAAAACUGAAAAUCAUAUAAUUCAGAAAAAAAGAAAAGAUACUGCACUUUUGAAAUGCUCUUGUGAUGAAGACACAUUUGCUGGGGUUGAUGACUGCAUAAAUUCUGUUUUAACAAAAACAAGAGAGGCUAUAAAAGUCAAAGAAGAAGACGAGUUACCUUCAGAGUCAGAAGAAAGAGAAAGAAAUGAAGAUUCUGAAUAUUUGCCAUCUGCUAUGGAACGUGAAGGACCUGAAAAUGCUCCUGAUGCCCCCAUUAUUAAAGAGAAAAGAAAGAGAGGCAGGCCAAAGAAAAACAAACCUAGUGUGCAAAUCCAACAACUGAAAGUAAAACAGGGAGGAGGAGACAUGAGGGUACAGAGUGAUAUUGAAAAGUUACACGAAAACCUUAUUUUGUCUGAAAAACUCUCAAUGACAACAGGGAAUGACGAUGUUAAGGAUGUCAAAGAUGACAGUAUUCUUGAAAAUUUGAAUACAGAAGUCACCUUGACUCCAUUGAUCAAUGAUGAAAUUACAGAAGACCUUCAAGUUGCAGAGAACUCCAAGAAUGACGAUUCAGCUGAGGCUCCUGCAACUCUAACCAUUUAUGAGGGAGGAUUUAGACUGCCCCUGGCCACAAAGGGCUUUGAAUUUAAUUUUGACAAGACUGGGAAAAAGCCCAAAUCUUGGUUCAUGAAUCCAGACAACAUGCACAAAGGUGCUAGGGAACAUCAGAUGAAAUACUUAGCCAGGAAAGACACUGAGUAUAAAUAUUACUUAAGGGCACAUAGGAAAAAGAUGGUAGGCAGGAAUAAAGUCCUAGAAAGCUUGGAGAGAAGAAGGAAAAGUGCAGCCAAAAGAUUUGCGACAGGUUCAUCGAAUUUAGUCAAAAGACGUCACGGUAAGGCUCCAUUCAGGUUCACCAAAGUUGUGGAGGAAGAUGACAAUAGUGUUGGUACACAACAGCAAUCCAAAACUGCUGCAUUUUCAUUGCUGGAUGACAUUCCUGGACAAACUUUACCAAAACUCAUUUUCAAAAAGAAACCAGACCAGCAAGAAGAGUAUGAGUGUAUCCAAAAGGAGGAAAACAAAGUGGACAUGCAAAGUGAAAGUAAUGAAAACAAAGAGAUAAAGGAUGUUGAGGGUAAUCAAGGCAAUGAGCCUUUGGGGGAUUGUUCGUCUAUGAAAACUGUUGAGGAACCAUUAGGGAGCCAUUCAUCUAGUAUAAAAACUACUGAGGAACCGAAGAAGGGAAAUGUCCAAAGUAAUAUUAGAGUAUGUUUUAAAAAGAGAGGGAGACCAAAAGGAAAGAAACUAGUGAAAGAUCAUCUGAAGAACCCAACAAAAACACCAAAGGGGAAAAAGGGCCAAACAAAGAAAAAUUCUCAGCUUAAGGAUAAGAAAUCAGCAAGCAAUAAAUGUAAAUUACAAACUAAGAGUAAGAAAGUAGUAAGAGAAUCUCAAGAAAAUUCUAAAGUCAAAAAGAAGGGGAGACCAAAGAAGAGUGAACUAGAGAAAUCUGUCCAGAAAAAGUCUAGAACAUCCCGGGAAACCUCUGUGACUCCUUCAAAGAGAGGUGGAAGGAAAAAGACUCAAGAUAUGAACACUCGCAAACAGUCUGCAGUCGGUAAAGGGAAGAGAGGAAAGAGACCAAAGGGUGACUUUGUUAUUGAAUGGGAGACUGGAGAGCAGGAACCAUCUUUGCCCAUAAAAAAUGAGGUGGUGGAUCCAGAACUCUCUAGAACGGAACCAGAGAUUGCUGCAGUGCCUGCAGAUGGUUGUUCAGGUAAUGCUAGUACCGGUACUGAUGUCCUUAUACCAGAGAGAUUAACUGUGGUGGAUAACACUACCAUGGAGGCAGUAACCAGUAUAAAAAUAGAACCUCAGGAACAGGUCGGUCACCAUGGAGAUUCUAAUGAUGGCAGCCGGGCCAGUCACCAUGGAGACUGUAAGGAUGGCAGCCAUGCCAGUCACCAUGGUAACUGUUAUGAUGACAGCCAUGAUGUUAAUGAUGUCCCCCUCAAACUAGAAAGUAGAGUACCUGAUGAUCUGCUGGUUAUGAAGGAUUAUGUUAAUGAUUUAGAGUAAUUGUGGAUAUUUGAAUUAUUAAAGGUUUUGAUUGGUGUUGUGUUAAAAAGAGUCAAUAUUAAUGUUAUGAUUUAUUUAUUAAGGAGUGUAUACAAAGCUUGCAAUGAUGCAGGACUAGAAAUUAUUUCCAUUCCUGGAGUAUGGCAAAUUCUCUAGUUUGAAAAGCAGUAAAUCUGUUGUGUUAUUAUUAGUGCUCAAUGGUUAUUUUAUAUGUUGUCUCUAUUUUUUUAACAGUCACUUUUACAUUAGCUGAUCAUGUUAUGAAGUUUUCGAGUGUUUCAUCAUAGAAUUUCAAAACAUCUAGUAAUUGGUGUCUGAUCAAUUUUGAUCAAUUUCAAAAGUUUAUGAAGUUAUUUCUACUCAUUUUUAAGAAUUUUUCUUGGAGGAACACAUUCUAAAAGCUUAAAUAUAUUAUCCUUUCCCAAUCAUUUCUGAAUGAAGCAGUAAAAAUUGAAGUUGGGAAUCAAAGAUAAAAAUUAUUUGAAUUGCUAUACAAGUGUAGCACAAAUUUCCGAAUUGCUUCUGACAACUGCUAGGUUUUGACCUUAUUAUAAAUUUACACUCGAAAAAUUUCUUAGAAUAUGAAUAUUAUACAGAAUUGUAUCAUGUCAAAUUGGUAUAAUGUAAUUUAGGAGUUGAAAUCUAAUUGUGACUGAAAAUAAUAAUGAAAGAAACUAUAAUUUUGUAAUGACAUCAUUACAUGGUAAAAAUGUU